CGGCACGCUCGCUCGCGAGUUCCAGAGCAGAGCCGGAGUUGCAGGAGAUCAUGGAGCACAGUGCUGCUGCUGCUGCUGCUGAGGCGCCGCGCGGCUGUGUGUGUAUCGUGAGUGUGUUAGUGGAGUGUGUGCGGUGUGUGUGAGCGGAACUACACUUACUGAGAGCAGCUCUAUACAACACAGGCAGGAUGGUCACGGAGAAUGACGCCAAUAUGACGGGGAACGCUUUAAAGAUGAGCUCGUUCAGCACUCGGGCCCUGACGCUCCUCUCGUCCGUGUUCGGGGCGUGCGGUCUGCUCCUGGUGGGCGUUGCCGUGUCGACGGACUACUGGCUACUGAUGGAGGAGGGAAUCGUGCUGCAGCAGAACCAGACCAUGGAGGUGAAGAUGGCUCUGCACUCCGGCCUCUGGAGGGUCUGCUUCGUGGCUGGGCCAGAGAAGGGGAGAUGUGUGGCGUCAGAAUAUUUCACUGAGCCAGAAAUCGAGAUCACGACAGAGAACACAGCGAAUAUACUGAAAAUGGUGAGGACAGCGACCCCUUUCCCCAUGGUCUCCCUCCUCUUCGUCUUCACGGCCUUCGUCAUCAGCAACAUCGGCCACAUCCGGCCACAGCGCACCAUCCUGGCCUUCGUCUCUGGAAUAUUCUUCAUUCUGUCAGGUUUGAGCCUGGUGGUGGGUCUGGUGCUGUACAUUUCCAGUAUAAACGAUGAGGUGAUGAACAGGCCGAGGGAGCCGGAGCAGUUUUUCCACUACCACUACGGCUGGUCCUUCGCAUUCGCUGCCAGCUCGUUCCUGCUCAAAGAGGGUGCUGGCGUUAUGUCGGUCUACCUCUUCAUGAAGCGCUAUGCUGAAGAGGAGAUGUACCGGCCCCAUCCAGCUCUCUAUCGCCCCCGUCUGUCUGAGUGCAGCGAUUACAGCGGUCAGUACCUGCACCCUGAGUCUUGGCCUCCUCCUCAGCGCGGCCGCAGCGUAUCGGAAGUGUCCAGCGACAUCUCCAUCCAGCUCAACCAGACGCCUCCACUGUCGGGGCCCAAAAGCAGCCUGCCGUCCAACGCUCCAUCAUCGUCGGGGCCGUCCUCCGCUGCCAGCUAUCAUCUGCAGCCUGCAAGCUCCUCCUCCUCCUCCUCUUACCCCCAUACCCUGCACUCCUCACACUCCGGAGGCCCCGCCCCUCAGUCACUCCCCAUGGCCACGCCCCCUUCGGCUGUGCCACCUCCUCACUACCACACACACAUGAGGAUGAGCGCCUCACCAUGCUAGAGGGAGUGAAGCACAGCACACAUACGUAUGCACACACUAACACACACACACAUUUAUCUACACACAGACACACACACACGCCGUACAAAGUACACAGAAAAAAAAGGAGGUGGGAGGUUAGGGAAAGGGCAAAGGCAGGCCAAGAGCUUAAAGGGCUCAGGGGGGUGUCAAAUAUGAGCAAGAAAGGCAGAGGCUAAUGAAACAAGCUAAAGGAGCGAUGAAGAAUGACCAAGGAGGGUUAGACCAAAAAAAGAAGUGAGACAUAGAUGGAAGGGGGGAUUCAUUUUUAACUUUGUGCCUCAGAUUGACUGCAGCUGACAUUUCAACACAUUAUCCAAGCUAGACAAAGGGGCAGAGGAGACGAGCCAAGGUUAGAGUGACGAUGACACUGCAGGGGGAGAGACAAGAUAAAGGGCAAAGCAAAUGAAACAUUGUAAACAAACAAACAAACAAAAUAAAAAAAUCAGAAACCACUGUAUGAAUUUAGACUUCUGCAUAAAUGUAUGAAACCUAAUGGAAUUCUUGUCAGACUCUUUGGCAACAUCCUUCUCUCCUCCCUGGAAUCUUUGGGGAAAUAGACUUUUCCAUCUAUGUCAUUGUUUCAUGAGGAAUUACUAUUUAUAGCACUAAUUUCUUGUUUAUACUGAAUGAAAGCUGGUAGAUGAAUGUAGCAAUGUAAAGAAAAACAGUGACAAACAAACUCACGGAUUAAACCUACUGAAAAGCUCAUUCAGAUCCAUUCAAGUCUCAAAUUUUCACUGAUUUAGCAAAAAAAUAAUAAUUUCUGUAUAGUCCGAUUUAGUAAGGAUGUGUAUAAUGUCAUUCAGAGUGGUUGGCUUUUAAAUGUGCAAUCAUAGAAAUUAAAUAGUAAUAGUAUCCAGUGAUUAGUGAGGUCUACAACACCAAAUAUCUCACUUUAUAAAACCACUAGUGAACCUACACAUGUCCUCUGAGUUUUUGUGUCAAUUUUAGGCCUAAUUUAUCUUAAAUCUAUCAUAAAGAAAGAGAAAAAGAAAACAUCUCUGCGAUCAGCCAGUGUAUCUGUAAAUAAUUCACAUAAACAUUAUAAACCUGUCCAACGCCUGGAUACAGUAUGUGUGGGUCAGUAUCAGAAUAAUGGGUUUUUGGUCUGUCUACGAACUUCGUAUAGAAUAAAGAUUGUUCUUUUGACUAUUGUUUAAUGUUGAUUAGACUUCAGUCUACACAGUAAUCAUAAUGUCCCUGCUAAAUCACUUUUUAUUUUCCAACUUAUUAGACAGUUUUAACAAGAAAAACUAAUCUAGUAAAAACUAGUCUGACAAACAAACUAAUAAAAACCACUGCAAAGUUUAUUCAUAUCCAUUCAAAACUAAAAUGUAGGGAAAGUUUGCACUUGAUAAAUGGAAACACACAUUUUAAAUUGUUCAAGGUGACUUUGUUCGGUUUCAAGGACAUCUAAAUGCUAAGCAUGCAGAAAGUGUCUUCAGUCCCUUAAAAAAUAAUAAAAAGGUUGUGAUAUCACUGCUGUCACUGUUUUUAACGCUUACUUUCUUAAAAGUAAAGACAGUAUGGACAGGGAAUUCUUGGACACGUUUAUAUAGCAUAAUAUUUUUAUGGAAAUAGUUAAUAGGUAAAUAAUUGAAAUGCCUAAAUUAUUCAAGAAACAAAUUUUUAAAGUUCAAGAAAAUAUGUGUAUAUAUAUAUGUAUAUAUAUAUAUAUAUAUAUAUAUAUAUAUGUAUAUAUAUAUAUAUAUAUAUAUAUAUAUAUAUAUAUAUAUAUAUAUAUAUAUAUAUAUACAUAUAUAUAUAUAGUUUUAAGUUUUAAAGUUAAGAUAAGGCUAAUAAUUCCUACAUAUUUGUAAUAAUAAUAAUAAUAAUAAUGUUUAAUCUAUACUAUUGAAAAAUGUGAAAAUUGCAUGAAAUUUCAAAACUAUUUUGCAGACACACAAGACACAUUACAUUGAUACUGACCCAGACAAUUCUGACUUUAAUUGAAUUACUCUGAAUGCCUUUGUUUACAUCUUAUCCAUUUAAUUCUGCAGAGAGUUUGGACAUAAAUUAACUGAACUGCCCUUUGAAAGUGUAAAUAAUGUAUAAUAGCAGACCCUUUCUGUUGGGGAGAACUAUUUAAAUGCCAUAUGCGGGUCUCCUCUAUUUUAUUCUUUGUGUCUUCGCACACACUGAAUCCACCAGUUCGCUCCUAUUCAUAUUCUUUUAGCUAUAAUUUGCAACAGGUCUACAAAGGCCUGUAAAUAAGAGUGCGUUGAGAAAAUCUGGCUGAUAAUCGCUCCAUUUGGAUUCAUCGUGCUCGGCUCCUUGGUGUUGCAGCGUUCGGUAUGCUUGGUGUUUUCUUGUGCCGUCACCUUUCUAUUAAACGGCCGUUCAGUGCUGAAUUAUCCGAGAAGGAUAUGCCUCAAAACGUUUCCUUUUAACUGUAGCAGAGGCUCUCCUUUCAGUUGUGGCUGAGUUUGCACAAAUUCACGUGCAGUAUUUAGUAAUGCAAUGACUUUUGCUGUUCUGCUAUUAAUAUACGUCCCAUUUCUUACUCAUAUUACUGUGACUUAUAGUGCUAUUCUACUACCACCAGUAUUAAUAAACUGAACAUAUUAUUGUGUCUUAUUAUGAUAAAAGUACAUCUAAUAGUUGUAAGUAGUACAACUGUUAGAUACUGUAUGAUUACAUAGAUAUGAAUAUGGAGCUGGGCACAUAGGAUGAUAGGAACAUCUGGAGGAACAUCACAGAAAAGAGGAUUUUUAAAAAUGCACAAUGCAAUAACAAUAACAUCUGCUCUCGUUUGUGAUUCCUCUGCUGUUAAACACAGAGAAAAUAUUAUACAUGGCUCAAUGAUUGCCCCCUGGUGGCCAAUACGUGGUUACUACCAGCAAUUUUGUCCAUAUAGGGAGUUAACCUACAGAGGGAUCCAAAAGUCUGAGCACUAGAUACAGAUGUUUCAAUUUAGCAUUUCUUUCUGAUUUAAUAUACCAUUUUUAUAAUUGUAUUAUCAGUACAACAAUUUAAAAUGUUGACUUUAAUCAAAUUUCUUACUAUUUAAUAUUUACACCUUUUGCUUAAACAGCAGCAUGCUCAAGUUGGAAUCUACAAGUUAUAGUAUCUAAUAAUAAUAAGUACAUCAUUGUAAAUUUGUCUUUCUUUAUUUCUUUAUUUUUUAAAUCCUAAUUAAUAUUUAAAAAAAAAAUAGCUCAGUGAGUUCAGACCUUUAGACCCUGUUGUAUGUAAUAAGUUCUAAAUUCACUGCAUUGUAUUCACUGUACUUCUAUGAACAAACUAAGAAAUAAGUGAAUAGUGUUUCAGAUCAGAUGCACUUGUUUGAAAUUUCAGAAGCAUUUAUAGGUAAUAUGAAUAUUAUUUUCAUGACUGUAGUAGUUCAUAGUGUAAAUUACAGAGCAAGAAUAUGAAUGAUUAUUAAUCAAGACCAGGACUGGCUCCUGCUGGAAAGUAUAUAAUAUAAUUACACAGAAUAAAAAUGAUAAUAGGAUAGGUAGUAGCGUAGUUAACUAUAUGUAUUCAUAAAAUAUAUUUGCAGAGAGUUACUGAGAGAGAGAAGUGUUGCAUAUUAUUAACUGAACUGUUUGAUAUUCUUAUAGAGCUACUAUAAUAUAUACUUGUUUGGUUUUGUGCUCAUUUUUAUCUGACAGUCUGCUCUGUACGUGAUGGUAUAAUGCAUAGCUUAUGCUUUCAGAUUUGCUGUUGGAGAAAUCAAAUGCUCUUUUUUAUGUCAUACUCUUUUCCAUUUUGUAUUCUUUGUUCUCUUUCAUUUUCCCUCUUUUUCUGACCCUGUCUUUAUUUUUUCUUAACUUUCCUAUCUGCUUAUCAUAUUAUCUGAGGUGCCUAUUAUUAUUAUUAUUAUUAUUAUUAUUAUUAUUAUUAUUAUUAUUAUUAUUAUUAUUAUUAUUAUUAUUAUUAUUAUUAUGUACCACUUAUUUAGCCCUGCAUCAGAGAUUGUUCAUGCAGUCGGGUUAUAUACAUGAGGAGAUGACAGUAUGAAUUAUGAAAUCAUGUUUCUGAAAGUGCUCAAAACCAUGUCAUUCUCUUCAGCUUCUAAAUAAAAGACAAUUCUA